GAGGCAGCAAACAUCGAAGACGCCAACUUCAGCGUCGUGAAGAAGAACAUCUUCCAGGAACCAACCUCAACGUAAAGUCAGCGUUUUGUCCUCUGUUAGUUUACAGAAUACUUUUACGUCGCCGUUUUUUUUUGUUAAUUAAAGAUCAGAGUUUGUUGCAGAGCACUUUGAAAGCUCCUCUAGCUAGCGUAGCUUGCUAGCUUGUUGUUAGUCGCUCCAGAGAGAUACUCGGAAGUUAGCAACGCAUGCUAGGUGUCGUGAUCGUGUGAAAAUGUGUCAAGUCCAAAUGCUGAGAGCGUUGGUGAACCAGCGACUAGCUGCGGCUGUGGAAGAAAUAUUUGUAGUGUUGGAAAGAACGAUAGCAGAGUACGAGGAGGAACUUUGUCGAACAAAAGAGGAGAACGAGCGACAACGUCAACUACUGGACGCUGUUUCCAAGAGGUAUCAAGUUGGGUUGCACGGAGCAGAAGAGGUUCCUUCUCUUCAGCAGCAGGAGGCGCCCCAGCUCCCCCGCAUCAAAGAGGAGGAGGAAACUUGGACUCAGGAGGAUGAUGACGACAGCAGGAUUCCAGUGACGUGUGUGAUCGUGAAGAGCGAAGAUGAAGCUCAGCUUGAUGGCAGCGAGGAGACGAGAAGAUCAGAAGCCGACAGCCUCAUGGCGCCGCUCUCGGAUAGCGACGACGUGACAUCGCACUCUCCCGACACUGAUGAUGGUGAAAGCGCUACAGCUGACGUGACACGUCACGGCGACAACGCACACUUGAAAUGCCAACACUGCGACAAAACCUUUGUCUACAAGCGGAAUCUGAAAAGACACAUGAGGUGUCACAGUGGAGACAAACACUUCAAGUGUUGUCACUGCGACAAACGUUUCGAUGACAAGGCGCACCUCGCAAGACACGUGAGAAGUCACACGGGAGAAAAACCUUUCAGCUGCUCAGUUUGCGGCGAGAGCUUCACCCUGAAAGGCAAUUUGAUGAGACACGCCAAAAGACACAGCGGAGAAAAAACAUUCUCAUGUUCAGUUUGCAGUCAGUCCUUUUCCUCCAAGUCCAAUUUGAUGGCGCACAGCAGAACGCACACAGGGGAGAAACCAUUUUCCUGUUCCUUCUGCAGUGCGAGUUUUAGUGUCCGUCCAGCUUUGGCUCAACACACGAGAACACACACCGGCGAGAAACCUUUUUCCUGCUCCGUCUGUUGUAAAAGAUUCUCUCAACGGGCGCAUUUGACCGCGCACACGAGAACGCACACCGGGGAGAAACCUUUUUCUUGUUCAGUCUGCAACCUGACCUUCGGUGUCAGCUCCACGCUGAUUCAGCACAUGAAAACGCACACCAAGGAGAAACCGUUUUCCUGCUCGCUUUGCAACAAAACCUUCUCUCGAAAGAGAAGUCUGACAGCCCACACGAGGACGCACACCGGGGAGAAACUGUUUCCUUGUUCUGUGUGUCACGAGAGCUUUAGUGCUCGGUCAACUUUGAUUAACCACAAGAGAACGCACACGGGCGAGAAACCGUUCUCCUGCUCCUUCUGCGGGAACAAAUUCUCCCAGAAGGCCCAUAUAAUAACACACAUGCGCACACACACCGGAGAAAAACCGUUUUCCUGCUCUGUGUGCGGCCAAACAUUCUCUCUAAAAGGCACCCUGAUGAAACACACCAGGAAACACACUGGAGAAAAACCAUUUUCCUGCUCAGUGUGUCACUUGAGUUUUGGCGUCAGCUCCACUCUGAUUCGCCACAUGAGAACGCACACCGGUGAGAAACCAUUUGCUUGCUCAGUUUGCGGCAAGACCUUCUCUUUGAAAAGCACUCUGGUGAUCCACGCGAGGAAACACACCGGAGAAAAAGCCUUCGGCUGCGCCGUGUGCCGGGAUAAAUUCUCUUCCAGGAGUCAGCUCAACAAACACGCCUGCGCAGGCCAGAGCGGCGGCAGCCAAACUCUUUCCGCUGGCGAGGUGCACGUUGAAGCUUCUCAGGCUAGCUUUAGCUUGCUAGCUGCUAACAAAGAGAGGCGGAAGUUAGCAACGCGUGCUAAGUGUCGCGAUCGUGUGAAAAUGUGUCAAGUCCAAAUGCUGAGAGCGUUAGUGAACCAGCGACUAGCUGCGGCUGUGGAAGAAAUAUUUGUAGUGUUGGAAAGAACGAUAGCAGAGUACGAGGAGGAACUUUGUCGAACAAAAGAGGAGAACGAGCGACAACGUCAACUACUGGACGCUGUUUCCAAGAAAGCUCAAGCGGGGUCGCACGCAGCAGACGUCCGUGAGGAAGAUCUUCCCCCUGAGGAGAAGGACCCCCAGCACACCCACAUCAAAGAGGAAGUGUGGACUGAGGAGGACGCAGACAUGAAGUUCCCAGUGACUCGUGUGAUUGUGAAGAGCGAAGAUGCUGAAGAUGCUCAGUGGUCACAAAGCCAAGAGAAGAGAAGAUCAGAAGGAGACGGCGUCUCGGCUCCGCUAUCAGAGAGUGACGACAUGACGCCACGCUCCCACGACACCGAUGAUGAAGACGCCAAAGCGGACACGACGAGUCACACCGACGACAAACACUUUAAAUGCUCCCACUGUGACAAAACCUUUGACAAGAAGUCGCAUUUGGAAAUACACACAAGGACGCACACGGGAGAAAAACCAUUCAGCUGUUCGGUCUGUGGCGAGAGCUUCUCUCAAAAAGGCAAUUUGAUGAGACACACAAAGAGACACACGGGAGAAAAAACCUUCUCGUGCUCGGUUUGUGGUCAGUUAUUUUCCUCAAAGUCUAAUCUGAUGGUGCACACAAGAAGCCACACGGGAGAAAGACCCUUUUCCUGCUCCAUCUGCAACACAGGUUUUAGUUCUCAUUCGUCACUGUUGAGGCACAUAAGGACGCAUACCGGUGAGAAACCUUUCUCUUGCUCCUUUUGCAACAAAACUUUCUCUCAAAGGGAGCAUUUGAUAGCGCACACGAGAACACACACUGGAGAAAAACCCUUUUCCUGUUCCGUCUGCAACGUGACCUUUACUUUCCAGUCGUCGUUGGUGAGGCACAUGGUGACGCACUCUGGCGAGAAACCUUUCCCCUGCUCAUUUUGUGGCGAAACAUUCUCUCUGAAAAGCACCCUGGGGAAACACAUGAGGAAGCACACUGGAGAGAAACCAUUCAGCUGCAAUGCGUGCCGUAAACGGUUUUCUUACAAGUAUCAGCUGAGCAAACACGCGUGUGCUGGCGAGAGCAGCAGCACGCAUUUCACUGGCUAGACUUGACCUUCAGUUGCGUGACCCGUGUUUAUCGUGCUUGUUUAACGUUCCCAGCACUUUGUCGUCAAAGCAACACGGAUUCCUUUCUGUGGAAUAAAAACAUGUCCAACCAUG